UGCCAGCCAAGGAUAACAAGCUUGUGGAUAGAGGGGAAGCGGUAGACAUGGUAUAUUGUGACUUCAGUAAUGCUUUUGAUGCUGUCUUGCAUGAGCUUCUCCUAAACAAACUAGAGAAGUACAGCUGGGACGGAACUACCAUUAGGCUGCAGUGUCAUGUCCCAUCCUCCCAGGGAAGAGAGAUGGCUGCCGUGGGGCCAGCUCAGGUUGGGAUUAUCGGGGAGUUGCUGGUGGACUCCUGUUGGCGGCAGAAGGGCAGUAAAGCCAUAGGAGGGUUCCCACUUCCCAAACCCGAUGUCAUCUCCCAGGUGGAACGAGGGGAAAAGCCGUGGGCCCCAGAUCUCCAGAGCUCAGAGGAAAUAGAGAUCCUGAGAGGCAGCUGCAUGGCAGGUGAGGGGAUGGUGAGAGAGACUAUGGAGCAGACGCCUCAGCAGGAAGAGGAGCAAGUGGAAGCACGUGGGGCAUUGUUGCAAAGAUGCAAAGGGAGUGUGUCCAUGAGUUGUGAGCAGGGAAAAGGCUCUCAGGGGCAGCACAGGCCAGAGAAGUGGCAGGGAAACCAACCAGCGCAGAAAGUUGGAAUAUCCGUUAAUUAUCGGGAAACUCACAAAGACCUCAAGGAAGCCACGGCCCAGCAGAGAAUCCUUACGGGAGAGAGAAAUAACAUGGGCUUUGAGAGUGGGAAAAAGUUCAGGAGACACUCACACCAUCAGAGAAUCCACACCGGAGUGAGACCCUAUGGAUGCUGCGAGUGCGGGAAAACCUUCACUGAGCGCUCAACUUUUAUUCGCCAUCAGAGUAUCCACACAGGGGAGAAACCCUAUGGAUGCUGUGAGUGCGGCAAAACCUUCACUCAGCAUUCAAAUCUCAUUGCGCAUCAGAGGAGUCACACAAGGGAGAAACCCUAUAAAUGCUAUGAGUGUGGGAAAACCUUCUCUUGGCACUCAGCCCUUAUAAAACAUUGGAGGAUCCACACAGGUGAGAAACCGUACAAAUGCCGUGAGUGCGGGAAAACCUUCAUUGACAGCUCACACCUUACUUGCCAUCAGAGAAUCCACACACGAGAGAAACCCUAUGGAUGCUGCGAGUGCGGGAAAACCUUGGCUCGGAAAUCUGGCCUUAUUACACAUCAGAAGAUCCACACAGGGGAGAAACCCUAUGAAUUCCGUGACUCUUAUGUAUCACCAGAGAAGGUGCAAGGGAGAUAA